AUGCUAGAAUUAUUAGAAGAGAAAGGUUUACUUGUUCCGAAAAAACAACAAUUAUCGAAUUAUUUAACAUCAUUAAGAGAAAAAUGUUAUGACGACGAUGAUAAGCCUUGGGUAUUAAAAUAUCAGAUUGAAUAUGAAGAUGAAAUUAAUAAUGAUGAUGAUGAUGAUAAAAAUAAAUUUCGAUUUUUUGUUACAACUAAAAGAUUAUUUAAUGCAAGCAUUUCAAAUAAUAUCCAUAUUGAUGCCACUUACAAGUUAAGCUGGCAAGGAUUCCCUUGUUUUAUUAUUGGAACGACUGAUAUGAUCAAACAAUUUCAUCCAUAUGGAUUUGCUGUAUGUUCUAAUGAAAAAGAAAAAGACUUUGAAUUUAUAUUUAGUUGUAUUCGUGAUGGCUUACGUAAUUUAAAUUUGCAGAUGAAUGAACGAGAAUUAGUAUUUAUUGCAGAUGGUGCUGAAGCUAUUAGCAAUGCAUUUCCAAAAGUUUUUGAAACAGACCGUAAUAUUGUUAUGCGUUGGUUUCAUAUGCGGAAACGUGUAGAAAAAAAGUUAAAUUUAGUCGACGAUAAAGCUUUACAUAAUGAAAUUAUGAAUGAUAUUGAAACAUUAUAA